GAGACCUAAAGUGCACAGCAAUCUGUUAUCUAUUUUAAAUGGGUAGAUGAAAAAGAAAGAAGAAUUUCCUAGCAAAGUUUCAAAGCUGUUUGUUGCUAAAAAUUCACGCUUGGUUUCUACCACUUGUCGCAUAGCAUGGCAAAGUCAGGAAUGAAGUCCAUUGAAAAGCAGCCUUAGUUGAAAUUGGGAUUAUUCCUCCCUGAGGAUGCUACUGAAAUCUUCAUGACAUGACCUGAUUAAUUUCUGUGGGUUCAGAGUUAUCCACCUUUGUGAACUCCCAUAAUAUACUCAAUACCCAUUUGCAGAUAGAAUAAUAAGUUCUUCAGAAGAUGUUGAGAAUCUUAAAUCUCUCUUCUGUGCAAAUUGUCCAGCAUGAUUCUUGGUCCAGAACUGCAAAAUGUAUUUCAUUUCCCAUUUAUCCCCUUAAUGAAGAGUCAGACUUGAACAAUUUGAGACUACCUUUGAGGAACAAAGAUAGAAUCUGGGAGCUGGAAAGCCCUUUACCUGCAGGAAGAGGUCAACCUAAGGUAUCUGCAACACUUCAGUAGAGAGGAGAUGCCUAAUGAAGAACUGCGGGCCAGACGGCCUCAGCUGGAGUGUUGUUGGAUCAGAGCUUCGAUUUGGAAACCUUUAUCUAGAGCCAGUAUGUAGGGUAUAUUAGAUGGGGGAGGGGGAAAAAGAAAAUGCCUGCAGUGGAGAAGUUGCCGCGUGUAGGAACAUAAGAGGUGAAAGGAGUAAGGCAGCAUGGAGUUCUCAUUUCAGAGGCCAAAAGACCCUCCUGGACUCAUUGUAUGGAAAUGCAAAAUCUUAUUUAAAGAAAGAAACAAACAAAAAAACAGGAAUCUAGAGUUUCUUUCCUUUUAAAAAUAUUAAUAUUUGAUUCUAAUCUCCUACUGUUAGGGCAAAUCAGAUACACUUUCAGGUCCCAUCUGGCCCAUGGGUGUCCAGUUUCUUACCUUAGGCUGGAGAGUAUGCACCUCUGAACCUGUUGAUUAAAAAUACUGGAGAGGGAUGGGGAUGUGGCUCAGUGAUAGAGCACUUGCCUACCAUGUGCAAAGCCCUGUUCAGUCCCCAGAAUUGCAAAACGAUUUUUUUUUUUAAAUGAAGCACUGAAAAUGCAGUAGGUAAGUCUGUGUAGAAGAUAAAUAGGCCAUUUAAAUUACAUGUCUAGAAAGAGGGUACAGGUCAAGGUUGGAAAUACCCCAUAGAACGGUUCUCUACACAAGAUGAGUCUCUCUCUUAUCCCCUCAGGGCCAUUUAGCAAGUUCUGAAGACAUUUUGUGUUGUUAGAGCUGAGAAGUGCUACUAGAACUUAAUGCCUAGGGUCCAAAGAUGCAGCCAAACAUUGCACAGAAAUCCAUUCACAACCAUAACCUGGCCCCAGAUACUAGCAGUGCUGAGACUGAGAGGCCCUGGGUUAGAAAACUGUUUGCAGGGGGUUAUCAGUUCAAGUGUGGGAGAUGAAUUAGGCAUAGAAAGAGGAAAACAGAAGAGAAAGAAAGCAGCUGUACAUGGGAUGAAGUGGUGUUUGGGAAACAGCUCUGUGAAAGCACGGGAAGAAGAGCCAGGCACAGACAGGCUCCUGAGAGGGAGUAAAUCACCAAGAGGAGCUGCCUGGUCUCAGUGUGUUCUGAUCCUGUUACUCAGGUAACUCUCUUUCUGUUUUGUUUGUGGACUAAUUAGCACCAAAACUCCAUUUGGCUCUGUGUCUUUUGAGUAAGGAUUUAUUUUACCAUGAUUUAUAGCCUUGAAGAAAAUGUGUCCUAGCCAGAGGAUCAUAGGAGACCUGUGGGCCUUGGUAAAUAGCCAGGCUUCCCAGGAGUCAUAAGUUCCUUGAGUGGCUCUGGGUGGGGCUUGUGCUCUCAGAGAUGACCCCUCUGUGGUGCUACUACCCACGUCUUGAUUUCAGAGUCAUCUUCCCUCCACAUUCUCUACACUACCAAAGCUCCAUUGGUCAAAUACAAUACCGAGACGAAGGCCCUUGCAUAUGUGAACAAUCAGCUCUUUCUGAAAUUCAACAGUAGGAACCAGAGCAUUCAACACUGGGGUCUGUGGGAGACACUGGAAGGUUCCGUGGAGUGGAGAGAGUUGGUACAGAAUGUGAAGCUCUUUGGGAGGGAAUCCUUGGUGUUGCUGUGGGACAUGAAGCAGCACAGCCAGCAGCCUGAUGGCUCUGGGCUGUGACCUCAAGGAGAAUGGCAACUUCAAGAGCUUCUAGAAAUACAGCUACGAGGGACAGGACUACCUCACAUUCCAGCCAGCAACACUCUGCUGGAAGGCUGAUGCUCCUGAGGCCCAAAGCAUGGCACAGAGUUUGAAGAAGGAUAGAGACUUGGCCCAGCACCAUGGUGCCUUUAUCAAUGGUGACUGUCAGCACUAUCUUCAGAAGUACCCAGGACCUGGGAAGAAAGCUUUGGUGCAAUCAGAGUCUCCUUCAGUGUCUGUGACCAGCCGUCAGAGCUCUUCCUGGGAAACGGUGCUGCAGUGCCAAGACCUGUGCUUCUUCCCUUGUGCUAACAUGCUGAGCUUGUGGAGGGGCCAGGAAGCCCUGCCCUUGGUCCACAGUGGGUGUCGGCUGAAUGGAAAUGGAAUCUGUCAGUGCUGGGUGAAUGUGACUGUCCCUAGAGGAGAAGAAGCCAUGUACUCCUGCCAUGCUGAGCAUGGAGGCCUGAAGGAGCCCCUCAUCAUCAAGUGGGACUUCUCAUCUGACUCUACAGGCCCACAACCCUCUGCUUGGGUGUUCAUUUUGGCAGGUGUUUCGACCAUACUUGGCAUUGCAGGUCUCUGGGAAAAGCUAAUCUAAUCAGGUAAAGAAAGAUGGGGUUUAUUGUCUACUACCGAGUCAGCGGCUGCAGUCCUUGGUUCCGGUCUCCCAUUGUGGAGUAAGCACUCAGCCCUGGCCAUUUACUUGUUCAGGAAUAGGGUAUUGAAGGUCUUUAAUUCUCCAGGAACAACAUCUACAAAAAGGAAGGAAAGAAAAAGAGAGAAGAAGAGGGGGGGAAGUAUUUUACGUACUCCUCCUGUUCCCAUCUUUCACUUUUCAUCCACUCUUGCAGGAAACCUUCUUGAUGAGCCAAAUGGGUGUUUGGGGUUAAAAGUGUUAUUCUCAAAGUAUAUUCUACACAUGCAUUUUUCUUUUCAUUCACUAACUUAAUGUUCUGUGGACUCUUCUAAGUGACUGGAUGGAUAUUGACUCUACUGCUUACCACUCCAUGCAGUGCAAUUGAUCCAUUUUACCUCUCCAUUCUCCAUGAAGGAUGCCAAUCUUCCCACUUCUUGUCAUAGCAGGUGGGGAGAGGGUAGCAAAUGCAGAGGGUGUACCUCCUUUGUUAUUAUUUGUCCUGUUAUGAUUUAGAUAUGAAGCGUCCCCCAAAAACUCAUUUGCUGGAAACAUGACCCAUAACAUAGCAAUGGUCAGAGAUGAAAAGAAUGGAAUAAGAGAGCUGUAACUGCAUGAGUGGAUUUUUCCAUUUGAUGACUUGAAUCUUUGAAUGGACUACUAGGUGGUUACUGUAGGCAGGUUGGUCAUGGUAGGAGGAAGUAGGUCACUCAGGGCAUGUGACUGGGGAUUGAUUAUAUCUUGAGGAUCAGGGCCCUCCUCAUGUUCCCUCUCUGCUUCCCUGCUCCCGUGAGCUGACAGCUUUCCUCCACCACACCCUUCUACC